AUGACCACCACCGCCGCCAACACAACCCACCGUUGUAGCCAUCCUACGCCACCGAAAUCAACCACCCCACUACCACCGACCACCACCGCCACCACCCACCACUGUGGCUACCCUACACCACCGAACACCAGGGCCACUGCCACAUUCCGCCACCAAACACCGGUGUCACCGCCGUCAACAAUUGUCGCUGCCACCACCGCUACCCGCCACUAUAACCCGCCGUCGUCGUCACCUUCUGCCACCGAACACCGGACCACGACUACCCAAUAUCACCAGCCACCACCCACCGCCAUCGCCACCCUCCACCACCGAACACCGACGUCACCGCCAUCGACUACCACCACUACCCACAACCGCCAACCAUCGCCGAUUUUAUUCUUGCUUCUUCUCCUGCCUACCAAACAAUACAAGGUGAUGAUUCCUUUCAUUCUCACAUGA